AUGGGCGGCGACGUGCCGCCGUUUAGCGCGCGCAAAAACCCUGGUGUACUGUGCCUUUUUGACGUUGAUGGUACAUUGACGCCUGCUCGCUUGCAUGUAUCGCAGGAUAUGCUUGAUGUACUAAAAGAGCUCCGCCAGCAUACCGCCGUGGGCUUUGUCGGCGGCAGCGAUCUCGUCAAAAUACGCGAGCAGCUCGAGUCGCCGAACCAGGACGUGCUGAAAGAGUUUGAUUAUGGAUUUGCCGAGAAUGGACUCACCGCGUACCGCCUGGGCGAGGAACUGCCGGGCGAAUCGUUUAUCAGCUGGCUUGGCAACGAGAAGUACAACCGAUUUGUCAAGCACGUUCUCGCGUACAUCUCCAAGCUCGACAUUCCUGUGAUGCGCGGCACGUUUGUCGAGUUCCGCAGGGGCAUGAUCAACGUAUCACCGGUUGGCCGCAACGCAUCUACGUCUGAGCGCAACGAGUACGAGCGCUACGAUAAGGAGCACGGUGUGCGCGCCAAGUUUGUCGAGCAUCUCAAGAAAGAGUUUUCUGAUUACGGGCUUACCUACAGCAUUGGCGGCCAGAUCAGCUUCGAUGUGUUCCCGGGCGGUUGGGAUAAGACGUACGCAUUGCGCCAUGUCGAGCAUGAAAAGGAGCUGCCCAACGGCUGGAAAGAGAUUCAUUUCUUUGGCGAUAAAACGUUCAAAGGUGGGAAUGACCACGAGAUCUUCGAGGAUCCCCGCGUGAUUGGUCAUACGGUCACGAGCCCGGAAGACACCAUCCAGCAGCUCAAGGCCCUUUUCCUUGCUUAG